UCGGUAGCACCACGUUGACUACUGGCCUUUUCUCCCCUCCCCUUGCGGUUGGGGGCCCUUGGCAAAUCUGCGGUGGUCGGGGCCCGCCGCCGCGACAGCGCCGCCCAUCCUCGCCUCUCCGCUCUUCCGUCCAUCCGUUCCCGUUCCCUAUAAAUUCUUUAAAUUCCCUCCCCGUCCCGUAAUCCCGUUCCGCUCCACCAACCCGACGGCGAGGGAGAACACACAUCACAGGUCCGCAGCGAUGCGUCAGGGCUCGCUGCCGCUGCUGCUGCUUGCGGCGGCGGCGGCAGUAGCGGCUGCCGCGGUCUCCGCCGAGCCGGCGUCGACGCUGCCUGGGCCGUCGCGGCCGGUGACGGUGGCGGUUGGGGACAGGGGCCACGCGGUGGACCUGCCGGACACGGACCCGCGGGUGCAGCGCCGCGUCACGGGCUGGGCGCCCGAGCAGGUCGCCGUCGCGCUCUCCGCCGCGCCCACCUCCGCUUGGGUCUCCUGGAUCACUGGGGACUUCCAGAUGGGCGGCGCCGUCAAGCCGCUGGACCCCAGCGCGGUGGGCAGCGUCGUGCGCUACGGCCUCGCCGCCGACUCCCUCGUCCACGAGGCCACCGGGGAGUCGCUCGUGUACAGCCAGCUCUAUCCCUUCGAGGGCCUGCAGAACUACACCUCCGGCAUCAUCCACCAUGUCCGCCUCCAAGGCCUGGAGCCUGAGACCAGGUACUUCUACCAGUGCGGCGACCCGUCCAUCCCGGACGCCAUGAGCGCAGUGCACGCGUUCCGGACGAUGCCGGCGGUCGGUCCCAAGAGCUAUCCGGAGAGGAUCGCCGUGGUCGGGGACCUCGGGCUCACGUACAACACCACCUCGACGGUGGAGCACAUGGUGCGCAACCAGCCCGACAUGGUGCUCCUCCUCGGCGACGUCUGCUACGCCAACCUGUACCUGACCAACGGCACCGGAACCGACUGCUAUUCCUGCUCAUUCGCCAACUCCACGCCCAUCCACGAGACCUACCAGCCGCGCUGGGACUACUGGGGAAGGUACAUGGAGCCCGUGACGUCGAGCAUUCCGAUGAUGGUGGUGGAGGGCAACCAUGAGAUCGAGGAGCAGAUUCACAACAAGACAUUCGCGUCCUACAGCUCCAGGUUCGCGUUCCCGUCGGAGGAGAGCGGAUCGUUCUCCCCGUUCUACUACUCGUUCGACGCCGGCGGCAUCCACUUCGUCAUGCUUGCGUCUUAUGUCGACUACAACAGAUCAGGUGCGCAGUACCGAUGGCUGGAGGAGGACUUGGUGAAGGUGGACAGGUCGGUGACGCCGUGGCUGAUCGCCGGCUGGCACGCGCCCUGGUACACCACGUACCAAGCUCACUACAGGGAAGCCGAGUGCAUGAGGGUGGAGAUGGAGGAGCUCCUCUACGCCUACGCCGUCGACGUCGUCUUCACCGGCCAUGUGCACGCGUACGAGCGGUCGAACCGGGUGUUCAACUACACGCUGGACGCGUGCGGCCCCGUGUACAUCUCGGUGGGCGACGGCGGCAACCGCGAGAAGAUGGCGACGGCGCACGCGGACGACCCGGGCCACUGCCCGGACCCGGCGUCGACGCCGGACCCCUUCAUGGGGGGACGCCUCUGCGCGGCCAACUUCACGACCGGACCCGCCGCGGGGCGCUUCUGCUGGGACCAGCAGCCGGACUACAGCGCGUACAGGGAGAGCAGCUUCGGGCACGGCGUCCUGGAGGUGAAGAACGACACGCACGCGCUCUGGCAGUGGCACCGCAACCAGGACCUCAACGCCGACGUCGCCGCCGACGAGGUGUACAUCGUCAGGGAGCCCUACAAGUGCCUCGCCAAGUCAACCAGAUUAUUGGCCUAUUGAUAUUGAGGAUUAUUGUUGCUUCUAGCUACUCUAGCUAUUUGCUUGCUAGAGGAGUAGAGUUACUAAAGUAUUACUAGUAAUUAGCAGGAGUAGUCACUACAGUAUUAAUUAGCUUCCAGCCAGGCAGCCGGGGCCUUGUUUAGUUAAAAAAAAAUACAAAAAUCACGACGCAUGCAUAAAACAUUAAAUAUAGAUAAAAAUACGGUACUGCUAGCGCCCGGACGUCCGGCGUCAGCAGCUCGUCCGGA